GAGUCGGGUUCGCUUCUGUUGGGUUUGGCGGGUCGUUUGGGGGCCAGGGAAUCGAACUUCGCCCUGACCUGGGCGGUGAUUUUUUGCUGUUGAUCAGGGUCCAAGACAUCGUCGCUCCGGCUUGGUUUCGUCACCGUCAACUGACCCACCAUCUUGAUCUCGAUUCUUCGCGUCUUCAGAUACAACCAGCGGUCCUGGAUUGGAUUUGGGUCCGCAAAUCUAUUACAUAUAUAGAGAGGGAUCGAAAACCAGGGGCAACUGGAAUACCGCCUAUUUGACCCUGGCUAUGAAAAUCGAUCCUUAUGAGAAAGCUGGUGAUGUGGGGUCACCGUUUUACUUGGAUUUUGUAGUUGAUUCUGAUGAAUCGGAGGUUAUGAAUAUCUGCAUUGGUCCUUCGGAAGGUACGCUGGAGCAUUAUGCUGCGUUUUUGAAUGGAGUGGAGAUAAUGGAUAUCAUGGGCGAAUCAAGUGUAGUUAUCAAGCCAGAUAAAAUUAAGAAAACUGUCUUCCUUGUGGUCGGUCCUGUUGUUGGGGGUCUACUUGUUUGCGCCUUGGUAGUUGGGUUGUUUAUUGUUUUGAAGAAGAGGAAGAGAACAUCGGUUAAAACUUCAGUUUGGUCGCUGUUCAGUGGACACGGCGGCGGAAGUUCCGAUAGCAAGGGGACCGAUAGAACCAUCAAUGUCUCCCAGGUCCCAAAUUUGAACCUUGGCCUAAGAAUUCCCUUUGCCGAAAUUCAGUCCGCUACAAACAAUUUUGAUGAGAAGUUGCUGAUCGGAAAGGGUGGAUUCGGAAAUGUUUACAGAGGAAAACUCAAAAACGGCUCGAAUGUUGCAGUAAAACGGAGUCAACCAAGGUCUGGCCAAGGGUUAUCGGAAUUUCAUACGGAAAUCAUGAUCCUAUCCAAAAUCCGCCACCGCCAUCUUGUUUCCCUUAUAGGAUAUUGUGAUGAAGGGUCUGAGAUGAUACUGGUAUAUGAAUUAAUGAAAAAUGGGACAUUGCGGGACCAUCUUUACAAAACAAACCUUUCUUGCUUGCCCUGGAAACAGAGACUUCAAAUCUGCAUCGAUGCAGCUAGAGGCCUUCAUUACCUCCACAAAGAAUGUGCUGGCGGAAUCAUUCAUCGUGAUAUCAAGUCGACAAACAUCCUGCUUGAUGAAAACCUCAUCGCCAAAGUUGCAGAUUUCGGGCUCUCCAAGUCAGCUCCGAUGGACCAAACCUAUGUAGACACAGGGAUCAAAGGCACAUUUGGUUACCUCGAUCCUGAAUACUUCAAUACACAUCAAUUAACUGCAAAAUCUGAUGUUUACUCCUUCGGCGUCGUGCUUCUUGAGGUGCUAUGUGCAAGACCGGCUAUUAUUAGUGGAGAUCCCCAGCUUCCAAUGGAACAGGUGAACUUAGCGGAAUGGGGACUUCUCUGCCACCGAAAAGGGUUGCUUGAGACGAUCGUGGAUCCAUCAAUAAAGGAUCAGAUCAAUCCCAACUCACUGAGGAUAUUUGCAGAGACGGCAGAGCAGUGUCUACUGGAAGAUGGUGCAAAUCGACCUAGUAUGGACACGGUGCUGUGGGACUUGGAGUAUGCUUUACAGCUCCAGCAAACUGUGGUAUAUAGAGAGCCUCACGAAGACAGCAGCAUUGAUGCCACCUCCGGUUUGCGAUUGGUUAACGUCCAACGACUCCCUUCACUUAGCCUGCAAAUUGAGAGAGACGACGUGCCCAUUUUGAGGGACAGCACCACAGAAGAGUCUUUCCUAUCGGCCAGUAAAGUUUUUUCACAACUGAGAAUCAACCAUGCAAGAUAAAGGCCUUCAAUUCUCUUUUAAAUUAGUCUUUAAAUAUAAGAUUAUAUUUUGUAUUGUGAUAAAUUUAUCACAAUUUAAAAUAAAAAUUUCUUUAAAAA